UCACUUGUGAAACGGUUAUAAAUCAAAGCUAUAUUUUCAAUUGGAAUGAAUGGAAAUGCAAAUACUUCAUUCCAGCACCAACAUUUUUUUAAUCCAGUGUGUGAUUAAAAAAAAAUAUAUGGAAUGCACUUUUGAAAUGAUAAUUAAGGAUUGAUGUUAAAAGAUGAGGGGGAACGGAGAAGAGAACUACAGCUCCUAACUGAAAAGUCUUCCAUAAUAACAUGGAGAAAACUGAUUUUUAGCUACACCGUCUUCCUUCGAACAUUAUCGAUCACUACGGUAUGGUUGUUUUUCUUUGUUUUUGUUUCUUGUUCACAUUUGAGGAAAAUGUUUGUUCAGACUGGCUCGUUAUGGCGGAUCAAUGACAUAACUACGUGAUGGAUGCAUGGAUGUAUGAAAGUCCUUUUUGUAUUCUACAAGCACAAAUGAGCCUUUUAUAUACUUUACGCGACCAGCUAGAGCAAAAACACUUUGGUAAAAUUUCACGUAGAAGAUGUCAAACCGGUCUAAAUAAUCGCCUCCAUAAAUUACUAAAAUGUUGUAAUUUGCAUUCCAGGCCUGUAGUUGGCGAUGUCAUUUUUUUAAGAAACAUGACAGGGAUUCGCACCAACUAUUUGUCCGAACCAUUUUUUAAAAAAACCAACGCUAUUGUGGAAUAACUAAUGAAAACCAGUUUCAUUGUUCACUUAGGAAAGUGAAGACAUCUGAAAAUUUAUAUUUUCUUUCCCGUUUAAACACUGACAAAUAUUUCAGUCACAGCAUGUGACUGAUUCAAACCAUUCCAACUUCAAAGCUCCUUCAGAUCAUCUCGGGAACCAUUUCCCACAUUCUCCAAAUUCCUCACUUUUGUGGCCAAAUACCCACAUUUGAGAUAUUGUACACAUUUACCUCCUCCUUUCUUGACCGUUUCAAACCGUUCCAUCUUUAAAACUUUGCUCACAUUUCGGCCAUGUUUGUGGAUUGUUACUUUUGAGUUUAACCUUGAUUUAUCGAUUUAGGUCAAACCCGUAAGAACAAUUUUUCAUUUGCAAUGUCAAUCUCGCAUGCAGAAAGUAGAUUAUUAUGCUUGAUGACGUUACCAAACUUCCGACAUUUUCACAACCAUCCCCACCAAAAAAAAUCCCCUCUUCCUGGCACCUUUCUUAACCCAUGCAUCCGAACCAUUCUAACUCUCCUUUAGUCACUUAAUCCUGCAGCAUUUCAAUUCAUAUAUUUGCAUAUAUAUACUCUAUAUAUAUAUACAAAGUAUAUGUACUUGCAGACAAACAACGCCCUAAUGUAAUUUUUUUUCAUCGCCUGACGUUGAGGCAACACUUUUACACCUCGCUUAACCGUUUGAAUUAAACAAUGCCUCCCAUUUAAAUCGACGUCAUUGUCUCAAAUUAAAUGCAUCAAUUUAGAUAAGAGAACCGAGUGACACUUUCCCCCUAAUAAAACAAUCAAGUGUGAGUAAAACAAGCCACUAAAAGCAAAUGAAUGCCUCUUUGAGGUUAUCGCUGCGAUUCAUUAGAAUCUGGAAGCCAGAUCAAACAGAUUUGCUUUGAGGUUCACUUGCAUUGGGUCAGAUUAAAUAAAGACUCCACUUGAGCAAAAAACUGCAUGCCAAAACAAUGCGGGGGGGGGGGGGGGGGGGGUAGCCGUAUGCACGGAUGAAUGAUUAUUUGGGGAUGUUUAGAACGGACUAUCAUUUAUUUAUCUUCACGUGAGGGCACAAUUUAGCCACUUUUGGGGUUUCUAUGCCAGCAACAUCAUUUUUAAACGCCUUUGCACUUUUUUUUUCUUCUUUUUUUGGGGGCAUCAUUUUUCCAACGUGGCUUUUAUUCAGGGACGGUGAUGAUGACGGUGAGGUGAACGGGACACCUCGGGCUGACCCCGACCCGCAACAAAGCCAACUACUAGUCACUGUCUGGGGCCUUUUUGUCCCAUUCUUGUGUGCGUGCCCUCUGCGGAACGGUCACGUUUUGUUGUGCGCCCUUUGACUUGCGGCCACAAGGCCAAAUAUGGCCCCCGCGUCCCUUCAAUAUGGGCCCGAUUAAUUUUUCAGCUCGAGGUCCCAUCUGUGGGGGUCGAUCCCGUCCGUCAGCGAAAAAGUCAUAAAUCUACUGUGCGGGUUCAAUAUAGAAAGGGGGAGGGGGGCGGUAGUCGGAUGGAUGGGUUUAUAUAGAUAAGAUAAAUAAUGACGCAGCAGUUCCAAUGCACAAACAUCCAAUUUUCCAAUUUAGCCCCGCCAGCAAAUCUUCAUUAGGCCAAUUAAGCACGAUGUGUUUUUUUAAACGUUAUAUUUUCGGGAAAGCCGCAAAAAAGCAAGGGCUCCUAUUGGCUGAGUUGCCGGGUCACGUGGUCCUCGCGGCCGUUCAUCUAUUUGACAGCCGCGGGGUGGCUUAAUGCCAGAGGGGGGGAAAGGGGGCUACAGGGCGAAAGGGUAGAGGGAGAGAGAGAGAGAGAGGAAAAAGAAAAAUUAGUAUUCUCCUACCAGCCUCGCUAUAAAUCAAUCAUGGAGUCCUACGCGGUGAGCUGCAAAUACGCCGAGCCGCACUUCCCGCCUUGCGAAGAAGAUUACAGUCAUUUUACUGACCAGGGGGGCUAUUACAACAGCCCCCCGGACUGUGGCACGUACGGCGGUGGGCGCUACCAGCCUGCAGCCGCAGCCCCUCCGCCCGAGCCCGGCUACGCACCCCAAGCAACCGCCUAUGAACAUUCCUUGCAGGCGCAGCAGCAGCAGCAGCAUCCACGGGAGGAUGCCGAGCGGCUGCCCCAGCAAGGUGCGCCCUUCCCCGGCUACACCGACCACGACGACGCCGGGGGCAAAGAGGGGGGCUUCCCGGAGAUGUGGAUGACGUGCGCCAGUAAACCCACUCAGGUGCAGAAGAGAAUCGUUGCCGGAGGGGGUCACCAGGCCAAAGACAAGCCGCCAAUCGUAGUAUACCCCUGGAUGAAGAAGGUGCACAUCGCCCACGUGAACCCGAACCACCCGGGCCCGGAGCCCAAGCGUCUGCGAACGGCCUACACGCGUCAGCAGGUGCUGGAACUGGAGAAGGAGUUCCACUUCAGCCGCUACCUGACUCGCCGCCGCCGCGUGGAAGUGGCGCAUGCGCUCUGCCUGUCCGAGCGCCAGGUCAAGGUGUGGUUCCAGAACCGGCGCAUGCGCUGGAAGAAGGACAACAAGCUGCCGAACACCAAGGGACGCAGCAAGGCCAAGAAAAGCGCGGAGAAGGUGACCCUCCCGGUGUGAGACUGUGGGGCCAGGGGUGAUGCGAAGGGGGCAUUUAGGACCCCCAAAAAGACCAAGUGACGAUCCAGGCCCACAUUCCUCAAGCAUCCAUGCAUCUAGCUUUAUAUAUACAGCCUAGUAUCGUCAUCAUUUUUGUUCGAGUUCUGGAUCUCCUGGAAGCAUUCAUGGUUUGUUUUGGAGAGAACAGGGUUACAUAAUUUUUUCCUCCUGAUUAUUAUUAUUAUCAUUAUUAUUAUUUCUACAGGGUAAAAAAAUAUAAUACAGGGUUGUAUAAUUGUGAGGCAGAGUAUUACUUGUAUGCACAUGACCAAAACGCAAACGCAAAGAUGACAAAGGCGACAAAUGGGCUUGUACUGUUAUGUGCCAAAGCGUGCAGCACACGCACGCACGCACGCACACACACACACACACACACACACACACACACACACACACACACACACACACGCGCGCACACGCACACACGCGUACACAAGUGAGCUCCAAAAGGUGUUUGUAUAUUUGUCUCAGGGUUUCCUUACAGGGUUUUUAAGUCCAUCCAGCACCAAAAUACAAAGAAUAAUAGUGUUUUCCCCCUUAUUCUUUUAGAUUCCAGUUUAAUAUGCUAAUUUGCCUCUGUCAGUACUUAUUAUUUUUUAUUAUGUGUAUGUUUAUAACAUAUUUUAUUCUUGGUAACAGCAACGGUGUCGUUUUGUAUGUGAAAAAGGUACAGCAAAAAAAAAAAAAUCAUCAGUGUACGACUUUUAUAUGUAGAAAAACUUUUUGGUAAAAAAAUAAAAAAUCUUGGUUAAGUAAAUAAAAACUUUACAUUGUAAUUGUAUUGUCUCCAUCUCUCUUGCACACAUGCACACACACAGUGUUAAAAUAAACGAGAAGACACAUCAGUCUCAAUUUUGUGUGAA